AUGGCGACGACGAAUCGCGCUUCGACUGCGAAUGGCACACCUGCCGCCCCGGAGAAGUCGUACUACGAACAGCAGCGCGAAAUGCUGGUGACGGAGAUCGCCCAAAGUCUUGAGCUUGUCCUCCAAAACAUCAACAAGCUAAAUCGCUCCCUAGAGGAAGUCACACAAGUCGGCAAUGAAUUUGCGCCCGUAGAGUCCCUUUGGAGUCACUUUGAGAAUGUUAUGGCAAAAGAUCCGAACGAACAGCAAGGGAACGCACAAGGCGAUGCAACAGAGCACGAGGGUGAGGAGACGGAAGCUACUGAGCAUCACAAGUGA